GUCUGUUGCUGAAGAAGGAAAACAAUAUGGCGGCGGUGGAGCUUGACUGGAUCCCUGAAACACUGUACAACACUGCUAUAUCUGCAGUGGUGGACAACUACAGUCGAUCUAGAAAGGACAUUCGCUCCCUUCCUGAAAAUAUACGGUUUGAUGUAUAUUAUAAGCUAUACCAACAGGGCCAGCUAUGCCAGCUGGGAGGGGAGUUCUGUGAGCUGGAGGUUUUUGCCAAAGUUCUGCGAGCUUCUGACAAAAGACACCUGCUACAUCACUGUUUCCAGGCCCUGAUGGACCAUGGAGUGAAGGUGGCCUCCGUACUGGCCAACUCCUUCAGCCGUCGCUGCUCCUACAUUGCAGAGUCAGACGCCCACAUCAAAGAGAAGGCCAUUCAGUUCGGCUUCAUUUUAGGUGGCUUCCUGUCUGACGCAGGCUGGUACUGUGAUGCAGAGAAGGUGUUCCUGUCGUGCCUGCAGCUGAGCACGCUCCACGACGAGGUGCUGCACUGGUACCGAGCUGUGGAGUGCUGCGUCAGGCUGCUCCAUGUCCGUAAUGGGAACUGUAAAUACCACCAGGGAGAAGAGACAUUCAAGCUGGCCCAGUCCUACAUGGACAAACUAGCCGAACACGGUCACCACGCCAACAAAGCAGCCCUGUAUGGAGAGCUGUGUGCCUUGCUCUUUGCCAAGAGUCACUACGAUGAGGCCUACAGGUGGUGUAUAGAAGCCAUGAAGGAGAUCACAGAGGGCCUGCCUGUCAAAGUGAUGGUGGAUGUCCUCAGGCAAGCCUCCAAGGCCUGUGUUGUGAAGAGGGAGUUCAGGAAAGCCGAACAGCUGAUUAAACACGCUGUGUUCCUGGCACGGGAGCAUUUUGGACAAAAGCAUCCCAAAUACUCAGACACUCUUCUGGACUAUGGCUUCUACCUCCUGAACGUAGAUAACAUCUGCCAGUCAGUGGCCAUCUACCAGACAGCUCUGGACAUCAGACAGUCUGUAUUCGGGGGGAAGAACAUCCACGUAGCGACGGCUCACGAAGACCUGGCUUACUCCUCCUACGUACACCAGUACAGCUCAGGGAAAUUCGCCAACGCUCUAUUCCAUGCAGAACGUGCCAUAGACAUCAUAACUCACAUUCUCCCUGAAGACCAUCUACUACUGGCCUCUUCCAAGAGGGUCAAAGCUCUGAUCCUGGAGGAGAUCGCCAUCGACUGCCACAACAAGGAGACGGAGGAACGCCUGCUGCAGGAGGCCUAUGACCUGCACCUGUCCUCUCUGCAGCUGGCCAAGAAAGCCUUCGGAGAGUUCAACGUCCAGACCGCCAAACACUACGGAAACCUGGGACGGCUCUACCAGUCCAUGAGGAAGUUCAAGGAGGCUGAAGAGAUGCACAUCAAGGCCAUCCAGAUCAAGGAGCAGCUUCUGGGGCAGGAGGACUAUGAGGUGGCUCUGUCAGUGGGUCAUCUGGCCUCGCUCUAUAACUAUGACAUGAACCAGUAUGAAGAUGCUGAGAGACUCUACCGACGGUCCAUCUCCAUCGGUAAGAAACUAUUUGGCGAGGGCUACAGCGGUCUGGAGUACGACUACCGGGGGCUGAUCAAACUCUACAACUCAGUAGGGAACUAUGAGAAGGUGUUUGAGUAUCACAACGUCCUGUCCAACUGGAACCAGCUCCAGGAUAGGCAGUUUGCUGUGGCGGACGCCCUAGAGGAUGUUAAUACUAGUCCCCAGCAGACACAGGAAGUGGUACAGACCUUCCUACUGGCCCAGAGCUAUGGGCCGUCACGAGCCUGCCUGGGCUGAGACACACACACACACACAGCAAGAAGCAUCCAGGAUGGGACUGGUUCACCAGCCCCCUCACACCAAUCCAAGGAGCUAACUAAUUAUUUGACUUCUCUAAGAAGAGAACAGAGAGGGAGACGUUUCAUCAUGGAAAUCUCACAAACCGCCACUAUUUUUUUUAUUUUUAAGUUAAUUUUCUUACUUUUGUCUUUUUUUAAAAUUAUUUUAAUUUGGUGGUUUUGAUAACUUCUUUGUAUCCUUUGUAUCUGACCACCAGGAGAAUACACUGUCUCACUGUCACUCUCUCUCCGUAGGAGACAUGGAAUACCCUACUAUAUUAUUUUGUCACCUCAGCCCCCUCGUCGUAGUCAACGGCCAGGGGAUAGUGCGUCAUUUAGGACGCAGACUGAGAAAUGUUUUUACCCAGGUGUCACCACAAAGGUAGGACAAUUUAAACUAAAAUGUGCCAUGAUCUAUAUACACACCAUGACUGAUAGGGGGCGCUGUGUUGAAGUCAUGUGCCAACAACAUGGCAUUCCCCAACCAUUGUAAAAAAAAAAAAAAUUAGAGGCUAAAGAAAUGCAUUAAUGUCUACAUUUUGUUUUUGCCACAAUUAAACACCUUAAGGGCAUACCUUUUAAAUUAUGAGAUAAAACAAAUAAUUUGUAAAACAUAUUUUCUUCAAAGUAUAUAUUUUUUGUUUUAAGUUCUAAUGUUACUGUCCCCACUACAACACAAUUCCUAAAUGCAUGUGAUUUUCGUCCUUGAGAGACAUUGUUAAUUGAAAUAUUGAAGAAUUCCAUUCAUUCCUAUGGAGGACUGCUUCUUCUGUACUAAUAUGGAGGACCAGUGGCUUCAAAAACCUCUCAUUGGCCAAUACACAGCAUCUAUACAUCAUUGGCCAAUACACAGCAUCUAUACAUCAUUGGCCAAUACACAGCAUCUACACAUCAUUGGCCAAUACACAGCAUCUACACAUCAUUGGCCAAUACACAGCAUCUAUACAUCAUUGGCCAAUACACAGCAUCUAUACAUCAUUGGCCAAUACACAGCAUCUAUACAUCAUUGGCCAAUACACAGCAUCUACACAUCAUUGGCCAAUACACAGCAUCUACACAUCAUUGGCCAAUACACAGCAUCUACACAUCAUUGGCCAAUACACAGCAUCUACACAUCAUUGGCCAAUACACAGCAUCUACACAUCAUUGGCCAAUACACAGCAUCUACACAUCAUUGGCCAAUACACAGCAUCUACACAUCAUUGGCCAAUACACAGCAUCUAUACAUCAUUGGCCAAUACACAGCAUCUAUACAUCAUUGGCCAAUACACAGCAUCUAUACAUCAUUGGCCAAUACACAGCAUCUAUACAUCAUUGGCCAAUACACAGCAUCUAUACAUCAUUGGCCAAUACACAGCAUCUACACAUCAUUGGCCAAUACACAGCAUCUACACAUCAUUGGCCAAUACACAGCAUCUAUACAUCAUUGGCCAAUACACAGCAUCAGCAAUCCAGCUUUUUUUUUCUUUUUUCUUUACAUCAUUGGUCAUGAGCUUGUUGUGACUAAUACAGUGAACAAUAUUGUAGGUUUAACCCAUCAGUUUGUUGUGUUCUAUAACAAACACUUCAGUUCCUUUUUACAGAUUAACUCUGGUCCUCGAAAGUAUGGGAGGUCAUUUUUUUGAAGGAUGGAUUUGACUUUUAAAUUUAUUUUUUAUUUUAUUUGUACUUUUAGACCAUUUGUUGGAGGGGGAUAGUAAUCAGUGGGUUUAAUGUUACUCUAGUCACAUUACUUUUUAUUUUGUUUCAUUUAUUACUUUCCAUGCAGCACAGUUCUGACAUAGCUUAAUUUAAAUGACAAUAUUAUAAUUUAUAUGCAGUGUGUUUUUUUUUUUUAAGCCCGAUGCUAUGAUUUCAGAAGGAUGAGCCAAAUUGAUUUGUGACCUAAGGUGAGAGACCAGUGUCCUCUCAGCACCAUCCUGCAGCCUCAAAAGGUCCCCCCCCCCCUCUUUUUACGUUGGAGUGAGUUUACAAGCAAUCCUCCCCUUGCCUGCCUCGUCAGAACCACAUUGGAAGUGUGUAGGGGUUGACAUUGGGUUAAAUGCCACAGACUUUUUUAUUUCUCACUUUUGCUAGAUUUACAUGUCACACCUUUUGUCUAACUGUGGAGUCAAUGUUUUUUUUUCUUCAGAUAUUUUUUUAUUUAAAUAUUUUUUUUGACUAACAAAAAAAAAAAAAGGCUUGACCUCUCCCUGCCUCUAAAAGCACUGUAGGUAUCUGGAUGUCUGUUUUUGUGCUCGUAGUGUGUCUGCCGAAGGCAGUGUUACUACUGUCUGCCCCGUGCUGAAGUCCAAGCCUUAGCCCUUAAAGGACACCCAGCUGCAGCAGUGCUCUGACCUUCUCAGGCUCCAACUACUCAUCUUUGUAUGCCUUCUAUGCUUGCUACUAACCCCCCCCCUCCCCCAGACAGGCUGUCUGUGGGAAAAGCAAAAGACUUCACCUCAAGACCUUAACUAUUGGAGUAGACAUUACAGUACCUACCUGCCAGGGACCAUUUGACCAGCAGGUAAUUAAUUUUUUUUUUUUUUUUUUUAACUAGGCAAGUCGGUUCAGAACAGAUUCAUAUUUACAAUGCCGGCCUGGGAACAGUGGGUUAACGACUGAUUUCUACGACUGAUUUCAGCUCGGUUGAUUUGGUCCAGCAACCUUUCGGGUUAUUGGCACAACGCUCUAACCACUAGGCUACCCUGCCGCCUCCCUAAUGCUGCUACAAGGUCUCAAGUGACCAACUGACCACUCUCUCUCUCUAGAACUAAACAUCUAUUCUAGAACUGUGGAAGGAAUGAAUUAGAACGCACCCAGACCAUAUUAUAGACACCUUUUUGGAAUGUGUGUGCGGGAAGACCUUUUUUUUUAUUUUUUAUAAAGAUGUGUGUGUGUCAUGUGACAAAAUAGUGGUGGUCCACAAUGUGACCUGCUGUGUUUUUUUUGAAAGGGAACAGGAGACCAGCGGGGUUGAGGAGAGGGUGUGUGGGGGAGGGGACUUCCUGGUUUGGUAAAGAUGGAUGAUGAGUGUAAAGGAAAUAAAUAAAUAAAUAAAGCUGUGAGCUCUAAAAAAAAAAAAAAAUAUUUAAAAAAGAGUGGAAGUACAGUUCUCUCUGAGUCGCUAGAUGUUGUAUUCUAUCAAAUCACUAACAUGUUUUGAUGACUUAAAUGACGUAAUUCUAUGUAUUGAACACAAUUCAAAAGGCAGUCGCACAUCUAAGCAAUCUUUUUUUCUGCAGGUGCGUGACAACAGUUUGGAACAAGAUGAAGGAAAAAUGACACUGCUCUUGAUAGUAUCACUGAUCUUUACUGAGCUUUACGUAUCGGCCUCAACCUCUGACGAAGGCCGUGAGACCGAUACGUACAGCUUAUUAAAUAGCAGUGAUACUAUCAAGAGCUGUGUGCAGUUUCAUUUUUCCUUCAUCUGUGUACUGAACAAAAAUAUAAACACAACAUGUGUUGGUUUUCAUGUUUCAUGAGCUGAAAUAAAAAGUCCCAGAAAUGUUC